GAGCGAGGCCUGGUGAGCCCCGCGGAGGUGCGAGCCGACUCUCGGAAGCUGUGUGCGCACUCGGUGCGGCGGGCCGGCGAGCGAGCAAGCGGCUCACCCCCACAGUGGCACCGGGAUCGGCUGCCGUUAGCCUGAAAUCAUGACUACCCCAGGAAAAGAGAACUUUCGCCUGAAAAGUUAUAAAAAUAAGUCCCUGAAUCCUGAUGAGAUGCGCAGGAGGAGGGAAGAAGAAGGACUGCAGCUUCGUAAGCAAAAAAGAGAAGAGCAGUUAUUCAAGCGAAGAAAUGUUGCUACUGCAGAAGAAGAAACAGAAGAGGAAGUUAUGUCGGAUGGAGGCUUCCAUGAGGCUCAGAUUAAUAAUAUGGAAAUGGCACCAGGUGGUGUUAUUACUUCUGACAUGAUUGAAAUGAUAUUUUCCAAUAGCCCAGAACAGCAACUUUCAGCUACACAGAAAUUCAGAAAACUGCUUUCAAAAGAACCUAAUCCUCCUAUCGAUGAAGUCAUCAGCACACCAGGAGUAGUGGCCAGGUUUGUGGAAUUCCUCAAACGAAAAGAGAAUUGUACACUGCAGAGGAAAAACAAGAAAUCCAGAAAAGGCCAGGAUCACCAUCACCUGAGAAGUUAUCAGGUUCAACUAGAAAGCAAGAAAAGAAAGACUUCUCAGAAAAAAAAGAAAUCCAGACAACCAACACUGCCGAGAACAGAGCCUGAGCCCCUAAGCUAUCUGCAGAGAGCACCAGAGGAGCCCAGUGAAGAGCCUUACUGCAGUUUAUCAUUUGAAAAGCUUUGUAGAAAGAGGGAGUUUGAAUCAGCUUGGGUAUUGACAAAUAUUGCUUCAGGAAAUUCUCAUCAGACCCGGAUUGUAAUUCAGGCAGGAGCUGUGCCUAUCUUCAUAGAGUUGCUCAGCUCAGAGUUUGAAGAUGUCCAGGAGCAGGCAGUCUGGGCUCUUGGCAACAUUGCUGGAGAUAGUACCAUGUGCAGGGACUAUGUUUUAGACUGCAACAUUCUUCCCCCUCUUUUGCAGUUAUUUUCAAAGCAAAACCGCCUGACUAUGACCCGGAAUGCUGUGUGGGCUUUGUCUAAUCUCUGUAGAGGGAAAAGUCCACCUCCAGAAUUUGCAAAGGUUUCCCCCUGUCUGAAUGUGCUUUCCUGGUUGCUAUUUGUCAGCGACACUGAUGUACUGGCUGAUGCCUGCUGGGCCCUCUCAUAUCUAUCUGAUGGACCUAAUGAUAAAAUUCAAGCAGUCAUUGAUGCAGGGGUGUGUAGAAGACUUGUGGAGUUGCUGAUGCAUAAUGAUUACAAAGUGGUUUCUCCUGCUUUGCGGGCCGUGGGAAACAUUGUCACAGGGGAUGAUAUUCAGACACAGGUAAUUUUGAAUUGCUCCGCUCUGCAGAGUUUAUUGCAUUUGUUGAGUAGCCCAAAGGAAUCUAUCAAAAAGGAAGCAUGUUGGACAAUAUCAAAUAUCACAGCAGGAAACAGGGCCCAGAUCCAGACUGUGAUAGAUGGCAACAUUUUCCCAGCCCUCAUUAGUAUAUUACAAACUGCUGAGUUUCGGACAAGGAAAGAAGCUGCUUGGGCCAUCACAAAUGCAACUUCUGGAGGAUCAGCUGAACAGAUCAAGUACCUCGUAGAACUGGGUUGUAUCAAGCCACUCUGUGAUCUCCUCACAGUCAUGGACUCUAAGAUUGUACAGGUUGCCCUAAACGGCUUGGAAAAUAUCCUGAGGCUUGGAGAACAAGAAGCCAAAAGAAAUGGCACUGGCAUUAAUCCUUACUGUGCUUUGAUCGAAGAAGCUUAUGGUCUGGAUAAAAUUGAGUUCUUACAGAGUCAUGAAAAUCAGGAUAUCUACCAGAAGGCCUUUGAUCUUAUUGAGCAUUACUUCGGUACCGAGGAUGAGGACAGCAGCAUUGCACCCCAGGUUGACCUUAGCCAGCAGCAGUACAUCUUCCAGCAGUGUGAGGCUCCUAUGGAAGGUUUCCAGCUUUGAGGCAAUACACUGCUUUCAUGUUCCUGUGUCAGACCAGGCUACCUAGUCACGUCCUCUUGUGGAGCCCAAGUCCUCAUGGAGCUGACUUCUCAAAUGUUUUCCAUAAUACUGUUUGCGCUCAUUUGCUUGCCUUGCGCACCUGCUCUCUCACACACAUCUGGAAAACCUCUGGCUCUCUGUGGUGGAAUAUUCUUCUAAGGAAAGAGUAACCAGGACGGCCCACUCUUAAGGAAAAUCCCUAGGCUUUGGAGAUCUGCACUUCUAUUAUAAGAGUCAUGGAAAUAUACACAUAUUCAUGUGGCUUUCUUAUUUUGUGGCAGAAAAAAAGAGGACGACUCCUUAUUACCUUUUAAGUGGGAAAAAAUACUGACAUUAAAAUGAUAAGACUAAAACUUUAUCUUGAAUUUCACACAAUUACUUGCAACAAGGGAGAUGUUUAGACCUGUUGUGUACUUCAGAGUACUUCUCAUGCGUUCUUCCACAGUGAACCCUGGUGGCUUUUGCUAGCCAAAUUUGCAUUAAUUCUUUCCGAGAUUGGAUGGUUUUCUUUCCUCUAUUGGCGCCAUUCUUCACAGAUAUUAAAGUUAAACCAUCUGCUCUCUCACCUUCAGCCUUCAGUGAAUAUGCUUUCUAGUUGUCAGGAAUGCUGAAGAAUUAACACUGAUUCUCAUAUGAUACUGGUUUGAAGAUUUCCUUAGAGCAGAAAGCAGAGGGGCACAUAUUAAUCUGUAUGGCUAUUGCUUCUCUUGGGUCUUCUGUGUCUUAGGACUUGAAAGUGGUUCAGUUCUAAUGCUGGUUGAAGAUUUAGAAUCCUUAGUAAUUUAAACUAUUGUAUAUUCUGUAAUUCAAUAACAAAAUUAAAAAAAAAAACACCCUUUAAUUUUCCCAACUUCACCAGUGUGAUUAGAGGCUGUGUUUCUGCAUUUAAACAGAUGUUUCAGGCUUUGUGGUCCUGAUAAGGUCCUCAUUAAAUUGUAAAGUUCACCCUAGGUGCUUUUCCCCUCUGUGACUGGCAGAGAACACGUACUUUUAAAGGUUACUUCGGGACUUUUUUUUUCCUUAAUUGGGUGCAGCUUGAUUCUAAUGUAUUCAUGCUGCAUAUAUGAAUAUAUGUUCCUUUAAUGUAGCAUCCUUAUCUUGAACAAAUAACUAUCUUCUCAACAUGACCUAUUUAAUCCAAAUAAGGGCAGUGAUCAUUUUCUUAUAACCUCAUUAUUCCCUCCCUAAUAAUUUCAUCUCCUGCUAGUUAGUAUAGCCCAGGCAAGUUGCCCUCCCCCUUGUCAUAAAAUAAAAAGUUUCUACCUUCU